AUGGCCUCUCAGCGGGUAUUUGUGCGCACAACUGCAGCCUUGAAGACUCGGGCAUCCACAUGCCUCUAUGCAAACCCUCCGCCUAGAUUGCCUACAUGUGUAACAGCCCGCAGACGGCUACAUGCCUCCAGUAAUCGCCUCCAAGCCUCCCCGGCUACUGCUAUAGGAGCAGCAGAUACAUAUCCUACGAAUCAUGAGCAAAUUAAGUUGCCGGGCAACACGCCGUAUUUUCUAGACAACAAAUUCGUCGACUCAAAGACUGAAACCUGGAUCGAUCUCUACGAUCCAGCAACAAACAAUCUUGUUACCCGAGUCCCCCAGAGCACGAAUGAAGAACUUAAUGCGGCUGUCGAAAGUGCGAAGAAAGCAUUUCCAGCAUGGAAGGCCACAAGUCUACUUCACAAGCAGCAGAUCAUGUUCAAGUUCGUGGCGCUCAUACGGCAGCAUUGGGAUAGGCUCGCGGCGAGUAUCACAUUGGAACAAGGAAAGACGUUUGCAGAUGCAAAGGGUGAUGUUCUCAGGGGCUUGCAAGUUGCUGAGACAGCCUGCGGGAUCACAACGCAGUUGACGGGGGAAGUGCUUGAAGUAGCAAAGGAUAUGGAGACGAGGAACUACAGAGAGCCCAUUGGGGUGGUGGCUGCUAUAUGUCCUUUCAACUUCCCAGCUAUGAUACCAUUGUGGUCAAUCCCCAUCGCUACUAUUACAGGCAACACUCUCAUCCUUAAACCAUCAGAGCGCGACCCUGGAGCAGCAAUGAUCUUAGCUGAGCUUGCUCGGGAAGCUGGCUACCCAGAUGGAGUAAUCAACAUCGUCCACGGAUCUGCCAAGACUGUAGACUUCAUAAUCGAUGAGCCAGCUAUCAAAGCCAUCAGUUUUGUCGGCAGCAAUAAAGCGGGCGAAUACAUUUUUAGUCGUGGCUCUGCCAAAGGCAAGCGGGUUCAAGCCAAUCUUGGAGCAAAGAAUCAUGCGGCUGUUUUACCUGACGCGAACAAAAAUCAAGCGUUAAAUGCGAUAGCAGGGGCUGCCUUUGGUGCUGCUGGCCAGCGAUGCAUGGCAUUGAGUGCGCUUGUCAUGGUUGGUGGGACGAAGGAUUGGCUUCCUGAGAUCGCCGAGAGAGCCAAGGAGCUCAACGUCAAUGGCGGCUUCGAAGAGGGCGCAGACCUGGGUCCUCUUAUCAGCCCCCAGGCGAGAGAACGGAUCGAAAGCAUCAUCACGAGUGCCGAGGAGGAAGGAGCAACCAUCCUUUUAGAUGGGAGAGGCUAUAAGCCGGAGAAAUAUCCACAUGGCAAUUGGAUUGGACCCACCGUUAUAGCCAAUGUGAAGCCCCACAUGAAAUGCUACACAGAAGAGAUCUUCGGCCCCGUCCUCGUCUGCCUGAACGUUGACACCAUGGAUGAUGCAAUUGAUAUGAUCAAUGCCAACGAGUACGGCAAUGGCGUAGCCAUUUUCACUCGAAGCGGCAGCUCAGCUGCCCGCUUUCAAAAGGACAUUGAAGCCGGCCAAGUUGGAAUCAAUGUUCCUAUUCCUGUACCGUUACCCAUGUUCUCGUUCACUGGAAACAAGAAGAGUGUGGCUGGCGGAGGUGCGAAUACGUUCUACGGGAAAUCCGGGUUAAACUUCUACACGCAGACGAAGACUGUGACUAGUCUGUGGAGGAGUGAGGAUGCUGUUGCAGCGAAGGCAAAUCCAGAUCAACUCGCUCCCAUUGUCAGCUUCCUCAUCUUAUCUGAUACUAUCACUCGUCAGCACCUAUCAUUCUCGAUCUCCUCAUCUACUCGUGACUGGAAGAAGUCUGAAUAUUUUGACAACAUGGGAACGGUGCUUGAUCUUGAUCUACCAGAUCUGCCAACGGACCUGUUUCUGACCGUCACACGCUAUCUCGAUCCUAUUGACGUUGUUCGCUGUCGUCUCGGAUCUAAAAUAUGGUUCAGAGAAUUUACAGAUGAAUCGUUUCUUCGAGAUGUUCUCGGUAGAGAGUUUGGCGAAGCUCAGGACGUGCACGCGCUGUUAGAAUUGGAAGUGAAACAAAAGGUCGACAUCACAUCGGAGAAUGACUUCGGUCACUUCCGAGAUGUUUGGAGAAGAACUUUUGACAGAGUGCUUGCCAGGAAUUACCGUCCGUCUAACGACCCUUCUGGUAGCAGCCAGGACUCUCUUGUGCCACGCCUUGUGAAGAAGCUCUCGUACCUCGACCUCGAUUUUCUAACAAUUCGACAAAGAGAGACGCCGUUCUUGAGAAAAAUCGCUCUAGAUGGAACCGCUUGCGUGUACUUUUUCGAAGAAGGGUGUAAUCGCGAAAGGGGGUCACACGUCGGCCACGGCUAUGGAGCAGGUAGGAGGAAGCCCAGAGACGUGUACUGGGAACGGAUAGUGGGUAUUCCGGUCCUGGGUCCUGGACCAAGUUGGGAAGAUAGGCUUGGGAGGGAUUCGACAUUCACCCAUGAGUGGCAGCACACAGAUUGCAAAUGCGCAGAUCCCUUAACGCCAAAAAGAGCAACAUGUUGGCGAUACGAAGGUAUGGGUCCCGGAAUCCGAAAUCAACUAGUUCAUGACGAGUCAGCCGGCAUCAAGUACUCCGUCGUACAGCGUACGGUUGGUCUCCCGGAAAUUUGGGUCUCAGACGAUUUGCACAGCUGGAGUGCGAUAAUUGAUCUGCAGAGGAUCCAAUGGCGAUGGAAACAGAUCGACGGAGACGAGCGUUAUCUAAUCAUACAAAGCAAUGAGGAGCUGCACGUAUUUCACUUUGACCAUGAUCUUGGGGCAAAGAAGAAAAAGGGAAGACGAUUUGGCACAGCAUGCUGA